GAAAUGGUAAAAUAUAUUCUUUUGAUCAUGGUAGUUUUAAUGACAAUGCACAAACUGACAAAUUUUAUUUUGAAAUCUGUGUUUUUCUUGUACCUGUCAAAGACAAAGAACCAGUAUGUUUUGAUAUAAUCUGCUGAGAACUUUGUUGUUUUUGCAUCCAAUGUGAACUGCAUAUGGACUGUGCGGACAAAGAGUUCUGUUAUAUUAAUAACAAUAUCAUGAAGUGUUAUGAUGUAUGUUUUUUUUUUUAAUUCUCCAUGACAGCCCCAUACGAAAGCACUUUUUUUCAGUCUUUUCUUACUAAUGCAAGCAUGUGGGCCACUUCUGGCCCAAAUAGAGCCCACAAAAGAACCUGACUCACCAGGACUGCUGCAGAAGCUGGCAGAGAGGGUCAGGGCAGCCAAAAAUAAAAUCCUGGCGCUUGGGGCACUAACACAAGGCUUUGCUGGUGCUUAUUAUGAAGACCACAUUCAACCGGUGACUGACAGCUAUGUUGAAUGGGCCUCUGGUGUCAAAACCUCAGUGUGGGAGAGGAUUCAGACUACCAUCGGCCACUACACACCGUUUAACACAACUCAAGUUGAUUAACUCACUCAACUGAGUAAAUCAGUAUUCUUACUAAACGUCAUGGCUUCACUGCUGAAGUGAUCAUAAUUUAAUGUUUAUCAUUAGGCUUGUACUAAUGUAUGAUGCAUAAAAAAAUCAAAUGAUUUGUUAAUAAAUAUCCGUACAACAUA